UUAUAGAUCCUAAGCUCAUUUCUGCCUUGUUUCACUGAAGAAUCCACUAAAAGGGCUAGCUAACCCUUGUAGAAAAUGGAGUUCAGCGAUCUUACAUCGAGAACUGUGCGUUUUUACGAUAAUUGGAUCAAAGAUGCUGAUCCAAGAGUGGAAGACUGGCUCCUCAUGUCCUCGCCUCUGCCACAAACCAUUAUCCUGGGUCUCUAUGUCUAUUUUGUCACAUCUCUGGGACCAAAGCUCAUGGAGAAUCGGAAGCCCUUUGAACUCAGGAAAGCGAUGAUAACGUACAAUUUUUUCAUAGUACUGUUUUCUGUGUAUAUGUGUUAUGAGUUUGUGAUGUCUGGCUGGGGUACAGGUUAUUCGUUUCGAUGUGACAUUGUUGACUAUUCUCAGUCACCAAGAGCGAUGAGGAUGGUGCACACCUGCUGGCUUUAUUACUUCUCCAAAUUUAUUGAGCUGUUAGACACUAUCUUUUUUGUUCUGCGUAAGAAAAAUAACCAAGUGACUUUUCUUCAUGUCUUCCAUCAUACAAUCAUGCCAUGGACCUGGUGGUUUGGAGUCAAAUUUGCUGCAGGUGGUUUGGGAACAUUCCAUGCCUUUUUAAAUACAGCUGUGCAUGUGGUCAUGUAUUCCUACUAUGGACUGUGUGCUAUGGGACCGGCCUACCAGAAGUAUUUAUGGUGGAAAAAGCAUUUGACAUCUUUACAGCUUGUCCAGUUUGUCCUUGUCACCAUCCACAUAGGCCAGAUCUUCUUCAUGGAGGACUGCAAUUAUCAGUACCCAGUUUUCCUGUACAUCAUUAUGAGUUAUGGAUGCAUCUUCCUGCUACUGUUUCUCCAUUUUUGGUACCGUGCUUAUACCAAGGGUCAGAGGUUGCCCAAAACUAUACAAAAUGGAAAUUGUAAAACAAAGCCUCACUAAAAGACAAAGCGCAGCCUAUAUUUACAAUUGAGACUGAUAUCUUGCCUUCCUCGACAAUCAAGACAUACUUACCUAUGCAGUGCAUUUUGUAUAUUUUUCAAAACCAAGAGCUUGUAUUUUUUAUGAUAAGUUAUUUGGGUUUCUGAUCUUUGAGAGUCCAAAGCUCCCAGUAAGUCUUCUCAGUGGAAGAGACUGGAGCAGCCAGGAGGUUUCCCAUUGCCUUUCUUACUAAUUGAAAGGUCAUAAUACAUUUUGCUACAAUGAGAGGAGGAUAUGAAGUAAGAUUGUACUCUUCUAGGAACUCCGGGAUAGAUGAAAAAUACUAGUGAUUUUGAUCAUGGACGGAGAUCCACUGAGUAUGAUAGAUUCCUCCUGCCUGAUCUGGAGACCUCUGAUUGGCUUCUGGCUCUGUCAUUCAUUCCUUAUUCAGAAGACAUAUUCACUCUAGGGCUCAGUUCCCAAUCUAAAGUGCUAACACAGGUGAAGCCUAUGUGACUUUUGAUAAGUUAUCAUUCUAAAUUGUUAAUGGUAAGUUUGGAUGGGUCAUUUGAGUGAUUGCCACCAGUCUUCCUGGUAAGACUCCCUAACAACACAUGUAUAAGCUGUUGGGGCAGUGGUGCUACGGUUUCUGCACUGAGGCCUUUGACACUAAGGUGAAGGUAAUGUCACGUUGCAAACAAGAUGAUUUGUUUCAACGGGUUAAUGACCACUUUGCUAAAGAUGAUUUUACCAUUAACUUUGUGUAUCUCUGAAAAGAGAGCCGUGUCAAUGAAAAAGAUGCUGUGGAAUUUAUUGGGGAAUGUUAUAAUCUAUUGUCGUAUAAUGCCACUCUCUGAUAUGUCAUGCUAAAAAAACAUUGUCCUGCCUAACUAUGUACUAGUUAGACAUUUAAAUGUUCAUGUGAUUAGCUUACCUCAGAUGUCUUUGAAUCCCAAAUUAAUUUUCAAAUAUCUGCUAUGCAAAGUGGCUUAUGAAGCAACUGGAGGUAGGUGGUAGAGUAUCUGAUGUCAGAUUUGGUUUCAUUAACAAGGGCUGUUAGAUUUUGGGAGACAAAAAAUUACAUUAUGGUUAUGUAUUAUGUGUAUUUAGUGUUGUGGAUACACCAUGUGAAGAAAUAUUUUCCAGAAUCAUGACUUAGGCAGGAUUUCCUUUUCUCCAGAUCUGUAAGCCAUAUUGUGAAGGGCUGAAAUUCAUGUGACAAAUGUUUCCAGCCCCCCCUUUAAAAUGGCUGCUUUCUAGAAUUUUCUUGUUCUUGUUGGAGAACCAGAACCACCCAGCAAUACUUGGACAUUUGUGAUGUUGUAGCUAUUAUUUCCUUUUCCUCUUUGAAGGACUAUUUAUGUGUGAACAGCUUUAAAAUCAGUACUGAUGGCCUUGGUUAUGUUUGCCACACAGUGUUGCUCCAAUUUGCACCAAAGCCUGAGUAAACUUUGAAGUUUUGCCUGCUCUCUCCUGAUCCAUUACUCUGCACCAUGCCUUUGUCUCCACAUUUACUUAAUUUAUAGUUAUUUGCCAUUAAGUGGCCUUUAGUGAUUCCACUUGCUUGAGAUGAGAAGCAGAGAAUAAUAGGAAUAUUUUCAAACUUAAAAACAAACAAACAAAAACAAGUAGCAGACAAGUCGAGCUGACAGGAGCAGCCACACUAGUCUGUCACUGUGAAGGUCUCAGGGAUCUGUGUUUUCCUAUUUUGACUCUGUGUGUCCAUGGGACAGUAUGGUAGAUGUAAUUACCUACACAAGCAAUUCCCAAAGACUCAAGUAGGGCAAAGACCCAAAGGAACCAAAAAUAGAAAAUAAAACAGGAGACUUUGAUUGAUUUCCUCCCUAACACUACCCACCCUCUCCUCCCGCUCCUCCAAGUAUUCACAAUGUCUCACAAGCAGGUAGACUAAGAGCAACAUUGUGACACACCACAUUCUCAACUAUACAAAUGAAAGCAGGGAGGGGGGGUGUUAUAUGGAAAUAGAUCUCUUGACAGGAAGACAGAUGUAAACAUCAGUAGAUCAAAACUGCUUGUAGAAAUUGUGUGGGCAGUGUUUGAUCAGAGCUUCUAAUGGGAUUUCACCUACUUUUCAGGACUUUGUUGCCUUUCAACUUGCUUGCCUAAUAAGCAAAAAGCCCAGCUAUUAAGUAUAGUUUAUUAUAAAAGUUCUAUGAGUCCUUGAGGACCAACAUAUAUGCUAUAAAUAUAAAUUUUUAAAUAUCUAUGGGGUGUUACGAUUUUUCUGUCUUCAUACUUAAGGAGAACCCUAAAUUGAGUAUACUACAUUGUUUAAUAGUUUGGGAAAUUAUGAGAUUAUUUCUCUUGGUUACCUCUUAUUUCUGUUAACUUCUUAAUGACUGUGGAAGUGAGAAUUUGAGUUUGUUCUCUGUGCUAUAAUAAAUUUGUGGCAUCACAUGUA